AUGGAUAUGUCGAAAUAUGUUCAAUCUAUGAACAAUGCAUUUGAUAAUUUCUCAAAGAAAUUUGAUGCUUUGGUCAUUUUAGAUGCCAAUACUUCAAAGAGAAUGGCUUCUUCUCCCAAUUGGCAUGCUUCUGACGCAGAACAAGUAAGCAUGGUCAAUGCUUUUAAAGAUACCUCAGUCACUACAUUAUCAUAUGAAGGAAAAGAAUUUAAAAUUCAUCCAAGAUCAUAUGAUCAUGUUCUUACUGCUUACCGAGAGGAAGGAGAUGAUUACCGUCAUUUAAUGCUCAGAAUCGAUGGUGAUGUUGUUGCAGUCGCUUACACUUCCAAUUUCCUGCAAGUAAAUGAGUUAUGGUUGGACAAGGCAAACUUUACCCCAUUAUUUGGUGCGGUCAAAGCAUUUUCUGGUGCUGCAAAGGCUUGUGGUGCUAUUGCUGGUGCCAUCAGUGCUGCAUUUGGUUAA